GCACCGGGCGGAGGGCCUUCCCUGAAUCGUCGAGGCUGGGCAGGCACUGGCUCCCUUGAAAGGAGGUUGUGGUGAGGCGGGUGGCUGGGCUCCUCUGCCAAGAAACAAGCACGGGACAAGAAGAAACAGCCUCAGGUUGUGCCAGGUCAUUUAAUCCCUUAACAGGAAUUUAAUCAGCCACUACUUUGAGUAAAAGGGAGAGAAUGAUGUCAAGACAAGCCUUUCUCUGUAGCUUGGGAUCUCUGUAUUUGUCCCUUCUGUUUGUGUUUCUUCUAAUGGAUGUUUACGCAAGGCCUGCAAAUAAUUCGGCCCUCAAAGAAAAGCCAGCUGACAGUAAAGAUGAGAAUGAAAUCCUGCCACCAGAUCAUUUGAAUGGUGUCAAAAUGGAGAUGGAUGGACAUCUCAACAAAGAAUUUCAUCAAGAAGUUUUUCUAGGAAAAGAGAUGGAAGAGUUUGAGGAAGAUUCAGAACCCAGAAAAAAUAGAAAGAAGCUCAUGGUCAUCUUUUCAAAGGUGGAUAUAAAUAAUGAUAAAAAGAUAAGUGCGAAAGAGAUGCAGCGCUGGAUCAUGGAAAAGACAGAUGAACAUUUCCAGGAAGCUGUGGAAGAGAAUAAAAUGCACUUCCGAGCUGUGGACCCUGAUGGUGAUGGUCAUGUGUCCUGGGAUGAAUAUAAAAUUAAAUUUUUGGCAAGCAAGGGCUUUAAUGAAAAAGAAAUUGCAGAGAAGAUCAAAAACAAUGAAGAGUUGAAAAUAGAUGAAGAAACACAGGAAGUUUUAGAUAACCUGAAGGAUCGGUGGUACCAAGCUGACAACCCACCUCCUGAUCUGUUGUUGAAUGAAGAAGAAUUCUUGUCCUUCCUUCAUCCAGAGCACAGCAGGGGAAUGCUGAAGUUCAUGGUGAAAGAAAUCAUCCGAGAUUUGGAUCAAGACGGAGAUAAGAAGCUUACUCUUUCAGAGUUCAUUUCAUUACCUGUUGGUACUGUAGAGAACCAGCAAGCUCAGGAUAUUGAUGAUGACUGGGUAAAAGACAGAAGGAAAGAAUUUGAGGAGGUGAUUGAUGCCAACCAUGAUGGUAUUGUCACAAUGGAAGAGCUGGAGGAAUAUAUGGAUCCAAUGAAUGAAUAUAAUGCCCUAAAUGAAGCAAAGCAAAUGAUAGCAGUAGCAGAUGAAAAUCAAAACCAUCACUUAGAGCUGGAGGAGAUCCUCAAAUACAGUGAAUACUUCACAGGCAGCAAGCUUAUGGACUAUGCACGUAACGUCCACGAAGAGUUCUGAUCCUGCUCACUUUUCCAGAGCUCUGAAGCACUUUCUUGCUUUCAAAAAAAAAAAAAGGAAAAAAAAAAAAAAACCCAAACAGACCGAAAGUUACUUUGCUGCUAUCUAUGUCCUAUGCCUACAGUGUGUUGUCAUAGACUGAAAGAAAUCUUCCGUCCGUAUGCAAGAUUUACAGCUCUGCCUUCGGUAUGAGGGACAAAAAUGCUUCAUAAAUAAUGAGGCAGGUUCUGGACUACAUCAGUUCGCCCUGGUUUGUACAGUUAAUCCAGCUGAAGUUUCAGCUGUGUUUGGCUAAUCAUAUUUGGUGGAGGCUUCUUAGAUAUUUAACUCUUCUUGUUGCCCUCAUAGCUGCUGAUCCAUGGAAAUCGCAAAUAACACUGAACGAUUUUGGCUUUUGUAAAGGGGAUUGUGGUUCAGAUAUGUGUGUUCUGAUCUCAUGAAAGUGUCCAUACGUGGACUGAUUGGCUCAUCUUCCAGUAUUUUAUUCACUGCAUCUCAACCUACUUAUUCAUUGUUGAGAAUAACACAAGUUCUCCUCCAUCACUGAGCUAUUGUUACGAGCCGUGGGGAAGAACUUCAUUUAAAUGUUACAGAGAAAUUGUUCUGCAUCUACUUUAAAAAGAAAAGAGAUUGUAGUGUGACAGGUUUUGUGUUUGCAGCUGCACUGGGAAUGUGACAGACUUGAGAUUGCUUAUGUCUUAAAAAAUCAGGUUUUAUUCUAAAGUGAAACAAUCGGAGAAGGUUUUUUUUGUGGAGUUAAAGAUGUUGGACAGAGCAGUGGGAUUCACCUAGGUAUAUGAUUAGUCCUUAACUAAAAUUUAAUUGUUAAAACUUGCAUAAUUACUUACCUCUGCACAUUAGUGAUGCUGAUGAACUCAUGAGUGAUGAAGCUGGGGGAAAUGCAGGCUUUGCUUUUGAACUGCUUUUGCCAGAGCAAUGUACAGUCAGCACCUGGAAAGCCUUUUCAGUCUGGUUUGGGGUCAUCUCUGACAGCAUCUUGCAACAAAAGGGUCAUAUCCACUAGUGUCUAAAAUAGAACAGUUAUUUUUACUCUGGCUCCAUCCUUACUGUAAAAACCCCUCUUUCUGAAGGGUUGCCUGAAAAUCCAAGUAAGAUGUUAUAUUUGAUUAAAUUUAUUCUCUUAAUAUAAUGUAAAUAUAAGCACCACUGUCUGUUUCUGUCUCCAUAUUCCCUCUCUCUUUUUUGUUUCAUGGCCUGUAUCGGGGUAGUUUUAUAUACAUAUGUCUCUUUUCAUUAAAUAUUUUUCUCCAUGCUUUAGAAAUAUUGCUGGGUUUAGGUUUGUCAGUGAGUGGGAAGAAUUGGAACUCUUCAGAGGACAGACAUAUUAAAAGAUGAUUAUGUAAGAGAGGCGUAAAUUCAGUUGAUAAGCCUGUUUAAACACAAAAUUAGAGCGUCUGCCACAUUAGCCCCCACUCUCUUCCGCCUCUGUGCCAAUGCCCCACAUAUAGUCAGUUGCAGGGUGGUGAGAUUUUACUGUGGCUCGAACCUGGAGAUGUUCAAAACGAAAUCCCUUAUCUAAAAAUGUGAUGCAGUGGAAGCCAUAGGUGUGGCAGAUUUGGAUUGAUUGGUACAAGGGCUUGGUUUUGCUUUGCUGCUGUUUUAAGGCCUCAUAAAUAUGCCAUGACCUGCGCAUGGACAAAAUCAUACAUGUAAGCGUGCAGUUCUGCAGUGCUGUUGUUCUCAGUCUAGUAAAGACGAAAGUUUUAGCAAUAUUAGUUGAUAAUUGUACAAAUGUCCUGACUGCAUUCUUGUCUUAUACACUAGUUGUUCACCCAAUUCUAUUAUUUAGGUAUGAUUUGAGUGGACAAGUUGUAUGUUGUCACAGCUGAUGCUAAGAAAGCAAGUGCUGGUUUGCAGAGGGAUCCUUGAGCAGCUGAAAUACGAUGAUGGAAUUUGGAACUUUUAUCUGUCAUUAGUGGAAAAGAUUACGUAUGUGCAGUCUUAGUCUUUAAUCUUCUGAUAAUGUGAGCGUGGAAUCCCUUCAAAAAUACAAGGCGACACAGUAUUUAGCCAGCAACUACACAAAUGUUAAAGCAUGGACUGAUGUUGCAGUAUUUGCCACACUUGAGAAAUCUGAAAAUUGAGGAAUAACUGCAAAAAAAUCAUUUUUAAUGGAGUUCUGCCCUUAAUGUGUUUUUUCUCAGCCAGAAAUGAGGAUCACAUGUUAACUGAGAGGUGUAAGGUUGAAGUGGAUUGCAUGUUGAGAUUUAGAGGUACAUGAGAUUAUUCCUGACUUGGAAUUGUAGAAGUUCAAACUAUUGUAGUUUGUCCAUAGACGUAUUUAUUUAAAAUAAUCUUUUAAGUAUUUAUAUGCACUCAGUCUUUCUCAGAUUCUUGUAGGUCCUUUCCUGUCUGUGAACCCUUCCUUGCCCUCAGUCCCAGGGGAAUCUAGUGACUUUUUCUUUGAAGCCUUUCUUUAAGCACUAGCUAUGUUUGGGUUUGUUGUUUUUUAUGUACACAAGGGCUCUUCUUACUGUUAAUAGGACUUGGUAUCCAAGUGCUGCUACCUCAUGGACAUGUUUCAUCUUCCCAAAAUACAAAGUCUUAUAUAGAAUGUCUAGGAUAAACCUCUAUAAUAAAAAGUGAUACAUGAAUAUUAAAUAAAAGCAGAAGAGGUUCUUUUCUCUGACCCAUGGCAUGGCUCAACUCCCCGCUCUGAAGCUCUCCUCUCCUACUAAAACCGGAGUAGCUGCAUCCAGGCUGGGUUUUGGGAGCAGCCUGUGGCACAUGUGCCAAGCAGCAUUUGGGAGAGGUUAACCUGCGUUGGUGAAAAUCCAGCCAAGGAGUUUGCUAAAUAGGAAACGCUAUGGAAUAAGCUCUGUGUGCUCUCCCUGAUUUAUUUGCUUGCGUACUCUGGCCACGUAAAGGUAUUUGACAACAUCAAGCCUGGUAACGCUUGAUGCAAUACAUAAAUGUUGAAUUCUUGAGAUGGUAUGUGGUUAACUGCUUUUAUGCAACAAGCAUUUAAUUUGCAUUAAAGAACCCUUGACAAGAUGAUCAAUGAAUCGUCG